AACAUGGAUGGUUCCACUAUUGUUUCCUGUGGCAUGGAUCAUUCCUUAAAGAUGUGGAAGACUGACCAUGAAUCCAUCCAAACAGCUCUGAAAGAAUCCUACAACUUCACCCAGGGGAAAACAAGAUUCACCACAGUAUUUCAGCAUUUCCCUGAUUUUUCUACGCGAGAUGUCCACAGAAACUACGUAGACUGUGUGCGAUGGCUUGGUAGAUUUGUUUUGUCUAAGUCCUGUGAAAACUGUAUUAUCUGCUGGAAGCCAGGUCUGCUCAGUGACACAGAAACAGCUCUCAAACCCAAAGACAACAAAGUGACGGUGAUCCACCGGUUUGACUACCGCGACUGUGACAUCUGGUACAUGAGAUUCGGUAUCGACUACUGGCAGAAG